CAAAGGUGAGUAUGGCGGGGUGCGGCUGCGAUGUGCGGGCCUGCCGUUCUGAGCUCAGACUCGACAACUUACGACUGGACUUCCACAAUCCUUACGUCUUCGUCAAGUCACAGUGGAGCUGGCACCCUGCUGUGUUUGUGACGUACCGGGUGCUUGUGGCGGUGUACCUGGCCGGAGUGACGUGUUUUGACGGCGUGUACCACGGUCUGAGUCUGGACCACCGGUACAAGGUCCUGCUGUACCUGCCCAACCUCACGUUUGUGCUCAUCGCUGGCUACUUCGUCCUCAUGGCGACCGUCACUGUCUUCUAUAACUUACCAGGUUCCUCCUAUACCUCCUUACUUCGGCGCACCCUGCCGUGGUACCUAAAGCUGGCCUGGCUCCUGUACAACACCACGGCAGCUACCAGCGUGUUGGUGACCGUGGUACACUGGACCUUGGUCCGGGAAACCAACCAACAAACCAUCGACUUCGUCAUCGACGUCAACAAAUACAUCUUAAACGUCGCUUUCUUAUUUAUAGAACUCAUUUUCUCCGGAGUGCCUGUUAGAAUUCUACACGGCAUCUACCCCAUGGUUUGGGUAGCUCUGUAUUUCGUAAUGCUUGUUGUGUACUGGGCUAUGGGUGGUACGGGUGUGAAUGGGGAAACCUGGGUGUAUGUCUUUAUAGAUUAUGAUAAUAGCUGGGGACUGGCUGUAGCGUACAGUCUUGGUGCUGCGUUUGUAGCGGCACCCAUAGCACAUUGUCUCUGGUUUGUCGUGUACAUAAUAAGGAGUAAUAUCGUCUGCACACCUUGUUCCAGGGGCAGCGCACGAGCGCCCCUCGCGGCCGAGUCUGAAACUACACCAUUAUAGAAUUACUGUAUUAUAUGUGACUCUUCGACAGUUAAAAACAUAGCCUGUAUAUAUGCGAUUUUUAUAGAACGGUUGUUCAGAUAGACACCAUGUUAUACAGUGGUACACGAGCGCCCCUUACGAUAGAGGCGAAAACUACACCGUUUUAGUAGUUAUUGACU